AUGGCACCGCAGCCCUCGAGGCAUGGGAACAAGAUAAUCCUCGUUUUUCACGUCACCAACUAUAUCCCUGUUACUAGUGAUGACACAUCUGUUACCCUCCCUUCGUCGUCGUCUUCCCAGCCCUUGCAACCUUUGACUCCCCUGCCAUCUUGGCUUGAGCCAGACUCCUCUACAUGGGACGCCCUUUUAACCUCUACCCAAUUCCUACUACCAUUCGCGCAUAUCCCUUCACUCGAAGCUGGGACAUCACCCGAUUUCAACUUUGGAUACCAGCAGGGUAGUUUCGGUGCUGAAGCAACACAGAUAGAGACUGUUGAGGAUGUCGAGGCCUUGACUGAACUAAAUAAUCUGACAGCAGAAGAACAAGACGUCCUGAUUGCAGAAAACAUUCCUCAUGUAUCGCCUCUGACCUCAGCAACGCGAAAACACAUGAUCCAAGCCAUCAAAGAAGCUGGACUGCCUCAGAAUGAGGCCCAAGGGCUUGACGCCAACUUCCCCUGUUUGAGACACCUUAAUACCUAUAUGCAAUUGUACUUUGAGCAUUUCCAUCCGCAGAUGCCCUUUUUGCACGUUCCCACAUUUCAGGCCUCACCCGAGAAUUGGCAGCUGAUUCUAAGUAUCCUCCGGGAAUUAACGAGCGUUGACCUCUUGAUUUCUGCACAAUCCCACUUGUUGUUCCAGCAAAGUCUUUGGCUUUCGGGCGAGUGGGCCGUUACAGUUGAGUUGCAGUUUUACCGAAACAUCCUCAUUACCCUUUGUCGUCUAUUGCUAUCUCGAGAGGGCACCUUAAUGCACACGCAUACAUCCACGGAAGACGCGAACGACGCAUGGCUGCAGUGGAUACAAGCCGAGGCCAAACGGCGCAUCGUUCACUUUACCUAUACUCAUGAUAGUCUGGAGCAGCUAACCAAGUCUUUAAUAUUGUGCUCGGCUUCAAUACAGCAAGCCGCUGAAGGCGAUUUCCUUCGAGCUAUGGGUCUUGACUCUAUUGGCACUACUACUCGUCAACCUAGCCUAGCUAUGGGUAUGGUGACAACAAUUUCCAAGAAUGCUUUUGAUGCAUUGUCGCACGCAGGAUGCUCUCAAGCAUUACAUGAAACGCAUCCUGGCAGCCAGAACGACUUUGCUUUCCUUUCACGAGUUCUUACUAUUCUCUCAUUCACUCCAUUAUCGCUGCUCUUUUCUUAUCAUAAAUGGCAAACGACGGACGUAGGCCAAAGCAACGCUCGGUCUCAACUUUUAAACAUCAUACCGCAGGAUGUCGGUAGAGCUAGGCACUGCUUGUACUACGCAGCACAGACCUAUCAACACUUUCGCACCACUAAGCCGGCAACAGUGCUUGAUGUAAUGGGCGCCCUAGUCUGUGUACUAUAUAUGGUGCUGUACGUGGAUAUUAUUGAGAAGCAAGGUGAUAGUUUCGCUGGACUUGAGGGUGGCGACAUAUCACGCAACAUGGACAUCAUUCGACUCGGCCAAGUCGUUGAUGGACACACUUUGAACGACUGGUUACAGAAGGCUCGCGAAUCAUGGCAAGGGGGUCUUCUAUCUCGAGGAUGGCCAAGUCAAUGUCGAAUCUUCUUGAGUCGCAAGCUAGAGGGUAUCCUUUGA